ACAACAUGCAUUGUGAUCUACUACAUACCAUGGUUCUACUCGGUUUGAAACGCGGCAUGCAGGCAGCCAGCUCGGUGGAAAACUCCCACAGUAACAAGUCUGCCAUCAGUUGACAGUCGCACCUGUUGGCCACACGGUCGUGCUCACAGACCGCUCGCCCCGUGGCUGUGCCAUUCCUCUGCGCAUGCGUGUUCCGUUGACGGAGCGGAGACCAUUUCCUCCAGCAGCAGGCCUCGUAGAGCUUCGCCACACAAGCACGCAAACGUACACACAUAUGCACACAGAGUAGGGACAACCGUCAAAUCAAAGCCACGUUUGGGAUUGUCUAAUCUUAACGCCGCUAAACCUGGAUGCUCCCCUCCCACCCCCCCCGCAACCGCAGGAGUCAUCCUAAUGGGCCUUCACCGCUAAUUUGCAGCAACAUCUGGUCGACACAGUGACUACAGGGGUAUCUUUUGGGCUCUGAUGGUACUAGCUGAACACUGACCGCUUCCUGCCUGAGGACACCUGCUGCCCAAUUCCCUUCAUCAUGUCUGGGAUGCAUGCACCAUGGUCGACUGGUUCAGAGUGUGUAGCCAAGUACAACUUCCAGACUGCCAACGAACAGGACCUGCCUUUCUGUAAAGGAGAUGUACUGACCAUUAUCGGAGCCACCCGGGAUCCCAACUGGUACAGAGCGAGAAACACCGUGGGCAGAGAGGGCACCAUCCCGGCUAACUAUGUCCAGAAAAGGGAAGGAGUCAAGUCGGGAGGGAAGCUCAGUCUUAUGCCAUGGUUUCAUGGGAAGAUAACUCGGGAGCAGGCCGAGCGGCUCCUCUACCCUCCGGAGACGGGCUUGUUCCUGGUGAGGGAGAGCACCAACUAUCCCGGCGAUUACACCCUGUGCGUCAGCUGCGACGGCAAAGUGGAGCACUACCGCAUCAUCUACCACAACGGCAAGCUCACCAUUGACGAGGAGGAGUACUUUGAGAACCUGAUGCAGCUGGUUGAGCAUUACACCAAAGAUGCCGAUGGCCUUUGCACCCGGCUGAUUAAACCCAAGUUGAUGGAGGGAACAGUGGCAGCACAGGACGAGUUCUCCAGGAGUGGCUGGGCCUUGAGCAGAAAAGAGCUGAAACUCCUUCAGACCAUUGGCAAAGGGGAGUUUGGAGAUGUGAUGGUAGGAGACUACAGAGGGACCAAGGUAGCGGUCAAGUGCAUCAAAAAUGACGCCACAGCGCAGGCUUUCAUCGCAGAGGCCUCUGUCAUGACGCAACUGAGGCACAACAACCUGGUGCAGUUGCUGGGGGUAAUUGUGGAGGAGAGGGGCAGUCUCUACAUUGUCACAGAGUACAUGGCAAAGGGCAGCCUAGUGGACUACCUGCGCUCCCGAGGACGGACCGUGCUCGGUGGAGACUGCUUACUCAAGUUCUCUCUUGAUGUGUGCGAGGCCAUGGAGUACCUGGAGGCCAACAACUUUGUCCACAGAGACCUGGCAGCUCGUAACGUGCUGGUGUCUGACGACAACAUCGCCAAGGUCAGCGACUUCGGCCUCACCAAGGAGGCCUCCUCCAUACAGGACACUGCCAAGCUGCCCGUCAAAUGGACCUCCCCCGAAGCACUAAGAGAGAAGAGGUUUUCCACCAAGUCGGAUGUCUGGAGUUAUGGAAUCCUACUUUGGGAGAUCUACUCCUUUGGGCGUGUGCCUUACCCUAGAAUUCCGUUGAAAGAGGUGGUGCCCCGGGUAGAGAAGGGAUACAAGAUGGACGCCCCGGACGGCUGCCCGCCCGUGGUCUACGACCUGAUGAAGCAGUGCUGGACCCUGGACUCCGUUGUGCGGCCCUCCUUCCGCAUGCUGAGGGAGAAACUGCAGCAUAUCAGAGCCAAGGAGCUCUACCUGUGAAGAGGAGGCCCAGAGGGG